AUGCCUCUCUGUAGGAGGCCAUCAGGCUUAAGUGCGGAGAAGAACAGUAUCGGGAUAUAUCGCUUGAGUGAGCGAGGGACCUAUUGGUACCUACCUACCUUAUACCUCACUGCCACUUCCAUUUCUCGUUCAUUUAAGGUAAUUCUCGAUAACGCAGCUGAUAGCGGGCUAUGGACCAUGGAGGCCAAGUUGCUUGUUAAUCCAAUGCUGGCCCUUCGGUCUGGAGCGGGAGGCGACAAGGUCAAUCGGUGA